CCACAGUCCAAGAUUGAAAGAUUUACCAUUGUGAACACAACAUCAUACUCGGUUGGCUUGUGUCCCAGUUAAUUGUUUUACAUGGAGUCCUCUCCUCUCUCUCUCGGGAACAUGGUAGUUUUAUGAGGCAGCCAGGUGCGUCUCACACACACAGAAAACAUGAGUCGCUUUCUGAACGUCCUGCGGAGCUGGUUGUUGAUGGUGUCAGUCAUCGCGAUAGGAAACACCGUGCAGAGUUUCAGAGAUCACAGUUUUUUGUCAGAGAAGCUCUACACAGGAACUCCAGAGUUUGUGAACGGUCUCCAAGCUCGUACAUUUGGUAUUUGGACGUUGCUGUCGUCAAUCAUUCGCUGCUCCUGUGCCAUUGAUAUCCAGAACAAGACGCUCUAUCACAUCACCUUAUGGACGUUUGUGCUGGCGUUGGGCCACUUUCUGUCUGAAGCUUUCAUCUACAAAACUGCUCCUCUGACUAUCGGGGUCAUGGCACCUCUCAUUGUGGCAAGUUUCUCCAUCAUAGGAAUGCUGAUUGGAUACCAGUGUAUCCCAGAUUCACAAGAGGAAGUCGUGACACGACAGAAGAAGCGUAACUGAAUCCCCGGCUGUUUAAUUUUCCUCCCACCUCCACAGGGACCGCCUGACACUAGUGAACUGGUCCUACUAGUGUGCUGCUUCUUGUCUGGAAAAACAUGAGAUUUUGUUGUACGUUCAUUUCCUACUGUAACACUUCACACAGCUCUAUCCGGGCUACAUUUACUGUUUUGUAAACUGACACUUUACAGUUCACAGUGCAAUCAGAAAUGUUUUGACAGAAGGUCAUGUCACAGUCAUCGAUAUGUGCCAGUUAAUAAUGAAUAAAUUCUUAAGUGUUCAACACAUGGAGGUUCACUGGUCCCCAUGUAUCUGCUCAUAACUGAAUCCAGAGUAGAUUUCUUUGAUGUUUUAUUUCACCAGACUACCACUUCCUAUAAAUAAAUCCAUGGUCUACCAAAGAACUCGGAUGACUAUACAGUAUAAAUCUAUGCUCCUCAUUACAAAGUCUCAAACAUGAAUAUCAACAAUUAUUCCUGAUGUUGGUUCUGUGCUGUGAAAUGUUUGUACAUCCAAUUAUUGGCAUAAACUUUUUUUAAAUGAAA